CUUCGAUCGCGUUCCAUUCAUACGUUCAUUAAUCAUCAUCAUCAUCAUCCAACCGUUAGAUCCGAGUUCAAAUACGUAUCUCGUCGCAUCUUUAUCCUAGCUAUCUAGAUACUUAAUCCGCGCAACUCAACUCCAGUACACACCCGACGAAUCCGCCCGCGUCGGCAAAUAUCUACAUCCACAUCAUGAGAGUCCCAUCUCUACAAGCGGCAGACGCCGCAUUACUCCUAUCCCUGUUUUUUGCUCCUCUACCGACGGAGGCGAUGUUCAGGUGUAACCAAAUCGUCGCGGAUAAACAGAAAUUCGAUCUAUCCGCGUUAGGCGGACCCCAUUCCGUCGUGACGAGCCACAUUAUCGGUGACGCCGCCCACAACACGACGUACACAGUAGACAUCUGCCGCCCGCUUAAGAAGAAAGGAGACGUAAAGAAGGACGAGCAGUGUCCGAACGGCGCUCAAGUCUGCGCCAUCAGACGAAUAGGCGACGCGUUCCAAAAAGCCACCGCCAUCGCCGGAAACCUGGAAAACGUCGGAGGACACCCCCUCGACCCCGAAGUCACGCGACUGAGCACCUCCGACUCGAACUCGGACUCGAAGAAAGAAGGCCUGCGGCUGGUGAUGAAGGGAGGCUUCGAUAAAACCGAUAGCGGACAGAAGCGCGAGCAGAGGGCUAUUAUAGAGUUCCUCUGCGACUCGGCCCGUAAUGGCACGGAGGGCGAAUAUGAUCCUGCUGAUGAUAAAUAUGAACUGGGUGAUGAUCCUCUAAUGGCCAGGACGAAUCCCCUACUGUUCCGCGCUGAUGGCGAUAAGGGGGAUGGUGACGAUAAUGGUGGAGAUAAGACGCCGAAGGAGGUCCAGUUGGGUAUCGACGGCGACCCGAGUUUGAUAUUCGAGAGCUACGAGCCGAUGGCUGAGGAUUCGAAUAUCGAUAUCUUGCGCUUAACCUGGAAGUCUAAAUACGCCUGCGAGAAGAGGAGCGAUGACGGGCCGGGCGAUUCCGGCGAGAAACCGGACCCGCAUUGGGGGUUUUUUACGUGGCUUGUUAUUCUCGUCUUCCUCGGAACCGCAUCCUAUCUCAUCUUCGGCUCGUGGCUCAACUACAACCGCUACGGGGCCCGGGGCUGGGACCUCAUUCCUCAUGGCGACACUAUUCGCGAUAUCCCAUACCUCCUCAAGGACUGGACUAGGAGAGUGCUUAACACGGUACAGGGGAGCGGAAGUCGUGGCGGGUACAGUGCUGUUUAAAUGCUGGAGGGGGCGGUGGUACGAGAUAGCCAUGCGGCGGUUCUUAGAACGAAGAACCCGAUCUUUUGGCGUUCGACGGCGGUACACGGGUCCGGUUCGGUGUUCUUAGUGUGUUGGGCUUCCUUGUACCAUAGGUCGGAUAUCGGUGAGGGCUAAUACAGUUUCUGAAUUCGAGUCUUUUUAUUAUCUACCUGUCUCUGUUCGAGAUUUGAAUUAUUAUAUAUGUCUUGUGAGGUCGGGUUCAGGGGUAUGAUGGGUUAGAAUCUCC